ACGAGUGUCCCGUAGUUAUAUUAGGAAAAAGAAGACUCCCUCUACAUCAGUACGGUGUUAUCUCGCCGCUCCGUCGACGCAUUUUGCUUCUUCCAAGCAGAGAGCCACCAUGGUUGCCGCCAAGAAAACUAAGAAGACUCAUGAAAGCAUUAACAAUAGGCUGGCUCUUGUUAUGAAGAGCGGAAAAUACACCUUGGGUUAUAAGACUGUUCUCAAGACCCUAAGAAACUCCAAAGGAAAGCUUAUCAUCAUUGCCAACAACUGCCCUCCACUCAGGAAGUCUGAGAUAGAGUACUAUGCUAUGUUGGCCAAGGUUGGAGUUCACCACUACAAUGGAAACAAUGUAGAUUUGGGAACGGCUUGUGGUAAAUAUUUCAGGGUCUGUUGCCUGAGCAUCAUUGACCCAGGUGAUUCUGACAUUAUUAAGAGCAUGCCCGAUGACAAGUGAGAGGAUGCCAUUCUGAAUCAGGGAAAAUUAUCCCAUUGUUUCUCAUGAGAAGAAUAGCUAGUGUAGAUGAUAAUUUUACUUUUAUUCUGGUGAUUUGCAAGAUAAUUUUGAUGAUAUUGGAAUCUUCAUGACACCAAUUUUCUGUUUAGCGAAGCUACUUUAUGGACAAUGAUUUGUUGUGCCAUUGAUUACACUUUAGUUCUGUAUUAGUUUUUGGAAUGUGGAACUCCUAAUCUUGCAGUGAACACUCACCAAGUUGA